UUUUCGAUAAGUCAAUACUGAUAAUGUAUUAGUUUAGAUAGCUAUAUUUUAUUAGCCUCGUAAUAUAUUGGAAAACUCGUGAAAAGGAUAUUAAUGAGAAAAUGUAAAUCGGUUAAUGAAAGAUAUGUAUAAAAUAAAGCAAAGUUAUUGAUUUAAGAUAAUGCAUUGCAGUCAUAUAGAACUUAAAAAUUAAUAUUUUAUUCAAUUUUAGGUUUAUAAAGAUGACUGGACGCGAGCAACAAACUCGUUUAUCAUGAAUUGGUCACCAGCGAACAAUUCACUGUAUAACCACAGCCUUCCUGGUGCACAGGUCAGACUUGAUAUAAAACAUAAUCUCCCAUCAUCUUCACCUACAUUAACCUCAAGUGAAAAAACGCACGAGGAAAAUUAUCAGGAACAUCAAGUUAAUCCUAAUCAUUAUAUCUAUGCGUAG